CGCUCCGCCACCAACCCUUCCUCUCUUUGCUCUCUUUCCCAGUCUGCUCUCCUUCGCUGGUCGCGAUGUACGGAAGCAUGGACGACGACCCUUUCAUGCGGGGGCGACACUUCGUCUCCGAGAUCGACGGCAUCGGUGCGGCGACGACGGCGGCAGAGGCCGAGGUGGCGCCCUCGAUCGAGGGUAGCACGCCCUUGCAACCGCAGCCGCCGGGGCCGAAUCAGCUCACCCUCUCUUUCCAGGGACAAGUUUACAUCUUCGACUCCGUACAGCCUGAAAGGGUUCAUGCAGUUCUGUUGCUUUUGAAUGGGCAACAAUCACCUGAAUUUGGUGGCAUGGCAGUACCCUCUCAUCAAAAUUAUAGGAGUGUAGAUGAAGCAUCAGGAUCCAAAAAUGGUCAACGGCUUGCUUCUAUUUUGCGGUUUAAGGAGAAGAAGAAGAACCUAUGCUUCAAGAAGAAAGUACUAUAUACUGUUCGAAAGGAAGUUGCUUCUAGGAUGAAGCGUAAUAAGGGUCAGUUUGCAUCAUCCAAGGCAAAUUCUGAGGAAGUGGCAUCAGUCACAUCAAGUUGGGAUCCUGCAAAAAGCAAUGAUCAAGAAGAGAAAGAUCAGCAUGCCUUUUGCCUCAACUGUGGAACCAGUAAAAAUUCUACUCCGAUGAUGCGUCGUGGGCCAGCUGGACCAAAAUCUCUUUGCAAUGCUUGUGGUCUAACGUGGGCAAACAAGCAUUCUUUAAGAAGCCACCUGAAAGUUUCGGCCCCUGGAACCCAAACUAUGAUCCAGGAUGAGCAGGGUGACAAGGACUCGGUGGUCGCAAGCAACAGCUACAUGUUCUCUGCAUCAACAGAUGGCCAUGGUUCUAUUAGUUGAUGGCUGAAGUAGGUUCAGAAAGGGAUCGUCCUCAACAGUUGCAUUCGAUGCCGAGUCAAGGAGGUGAUCAGGGUUGAAAAAUCUGAUCAACUGAUGCCAAAGCUGUUUACUGUAAGGCAUAUGGUGAAAGAUUUGUUUAUCUUUAUACAGAUUUUAGAAGGGAGUCUGCUAAAUGAAUUAGCUUAGUGUUUAGGUUUCCGAUACAGUUAAAAAGAAAGAGCCUACCUCCCACCCAGCUAUGUAUGGCCAUAUAUACAUUUGUAGGGGUUUAUGCUGGUUAGCAAUAGAUCACAGCUGAAGGACUCUUAUGAAUCGAA